AUUACAGAGAAGUACUUUUGUACAUUGUAAUUACUCGUUUUUAAUUGAAAACGAUUAAAAAAAGGAAUAUUAAUGAAAUGUGAAUUUCUGGUGAUGGCAAAUUACGAAUAUACCUCCGCGUACAAUCGAAGAAUGCGUACCCGCGUCUCUCGUUGUUCCGCACACGCUAUACCUCGCUACGAGAGUGAAGGAGCAUCGGAUGCGAACGGAGCUGGGUUAUCCCACGUUUUAAAAACGUAGCCCACCUUCUCCCCGGCGCUCUUUUCUUUACCUGAACCUAACCAAUUUCGCAUAAUGGCGCGUGCGGUUGUGGAAAAAAGGAUGAAGCACAAAAAGGAGUAAAACGAAAGGAAAAAUAAUAAAUAAACAUGAAAAAACGGACGGUAAAACGAUGGAAAAUUUAAGCGCUGGCAAAAAUACUCGCGUGAGAUCCCAGGACGGGAAGAGCGCGGCGCAGAAGGAUGAAGCGACUGAGAGAGAACGAGAAAGAGAAGAACGAAAAAAGCCCAUCUCCACAUCUGGAAUAUUAUUACAGACCCUUUUUCCCGCGAUUCUUAACGUGAGCUAAAAUUUUUAUGUACCAAGAGAGAGAGAGAGAGAGAGAGAGAGAGAGCGAGAAGCGGUGAGAGUAAGAACGGGAAAGAGGGAGAGGGAGAGAGAAAAGGAAAGAUCGUUCGGAUGAGCGGUGUGCGUUGCUUUUUGUAAUUUCUCCUUGCUUCCUUCUUUUUUCUUUACUUGUUUUUAAUUUCUUUUCCUUUUUCUUUUUUACGAGAUAAUACACCGUCGGGCAAAAGGUACAAAAGUGAGCUUCGCUCUCGGAUAUAUGGCGGGCCAGCGGAGGCGCGCAGGAGUGCGCGUAAAGGGUGGGAAAAGAAGACCCCGCGGCCCGAAAACCCUCGUGCGCUUCUAUAUAUCGAUGUACUUAUGUCCUUAUAUACGUAUAUCCAUAGAAAGGUCACGGUACUAUAUAGGAAGAGAAGAGCCAGAAGAGCUCUCGCGGCGCGCGGGAUUCCGCUUACACCACGUGAGAAUCGUACGGGUUUAUGGGUAUGCCCCUAACAUUUAUACCUAUAUUUAUAUAUAUAUAUAUACACUUGAUAAACGUAUAUGCGAGUAUAUAUACGAAGGGCCAUUGCAUUAUCCAAUAGUCGGAAUACAUAAAGCAUGUACAUUUAUGCGUACAUGUAAAUCCUCCUCUCCCCUCCCUUAACAUAUAUGUGAGUGAAAUACAUUAAUUUCUCGGGUAUACAUAUAUGAUAUGAAUGGUUAUUCGCAAGAAAUAAAUGCCUUUUGAUAUGCAUAAGAGAGAUCGAGAAUCUUUAUAGCGUUUUCAACGUCAGCUGACGUUACUAAUAAAAUUUCUCAUCGAUAUAUACAACAUAACGUGUACAAAUGUAAUAUUGCAGUGUGUACGCGAAUGCUAGAAGUUAAUGACUCUUGAAUGGGCGAUGUAAGUGGAAGAGGGGGCGGGAAAUAGAGCUUACCACUGUGUAUAGAGUCUCAAGGAGUUUCGCCGGCUCCGCGUACACACUGACAUUCACCAGAUGGGUAUAAGCUCAUUAAGGAGGUUCGCGUAUCCUUUCAGUGGUGGGGAGAGUUAUCUGAGGUGCUCACUCUCUUUCUCCCUUCUCUCUUUCUCUCUUUUUCUUCCGAAAGACAUCAGCUGCAGAAGAGAAAUGAGAGAGAAAAAGAGGCAGGGGAAAGAGGAAAAUCGAGCUGCGAGAUUCUACGGGGCUUUACAAGCAAGAAACGGACUAAUUUAUAUUUUACUACGGAGCAAUAUAUUUUUAAGUACGAACAAUUGUUUUUGCUUCACAUUUUAUUACGAGUUUUUAGUUUUUACUAUGAAAUUUGACUAUAAAAAUCUUAGCUGGCAUUCUUAACGACUACUCACGCUCGACAAAUCAAUAAAUCACACGAAAAGAUACUUGAAAUCAUUUAAUUAUUCAAAUUGGAAAGACACCUGGAAUUAAUAAAGAUAACGAAUAAGUUUUGGAGCGAGAGGAUCGUUCUGAUUUUUGUAGAGAUCCAAUCGAACAUUCGAUGGGACAAAUAAUUUUUUUUUAAUUAUCGAAUAAAAUGAGAGGAUUAAAAAAUUUAUGAGGUUUUUUUAAUGUUCGAAAGUACGGAGAAAAUUGGAUAUUUCAUGAGGAAAAAAAGAGAUUGUUGAAUCUCUUCAAAAAAAAGAUAUGUACGUGUGUUUGUGAUGCUGCGGUGAGAAAAGGAUCGUGUAAGUUUGCCAACACCAAUGGAUUAUGUGUUACCGAGUAUACGUACACAGCUCCGGAUAUAUCUGUAUAUAUGUAUACUUAAACAAGUAUAUGCUUUACGAUAUACCUGUAUAGGUUAGAGAGCCGUCAGGGCCCCGGUGCCCCACUCCUCAGGCCCAACGGGGGGACCCGGGGUCACAUUCCAAGAUGGCUGUGCCUAAGGAAUGCAGUGGGUGCCCCCCUAAGACGCCUUACUCCCUCCUUUUUUAUUAAUCAAACGCAAUUUAUUCUCUUCUACCUAUCGAAAACAAACCCUCGAGAACAGUUUUAACACAGCGAGACAGUCUCGCGGCCGGUGGACCCGGUUAAAGCCGCCUCUUUCUCUCUCAUUCUUUUCCUCGUGCGUUUUUAUAUUUAUUGCUAAUACUCGCGUUCAAUAUCAACCUCUUCCGUGUGUACGGCGCCGAUUUAUCAUUUCCCUUUUCUUUUUUCACUCUUCCUCCUUUCUAAUGGUGACUAUUUUCGUCGAGUGCCAGAACAGAUAGAAUACUAUUCUGGAGUGAUUCUAUCAAAGAAACCCGCAACCUUAUCUAAUGGACUUCCUUAGCCACGGAUAAUGCCCACGCAAGAGGAUGGUACCGGCUCGUCUUAAACAAUGUCUCAUAGGGAUAUCUCUGAGGUGGAGCCCGAAGGUACGUCGGCCCUGGCUGCUGGAUCUAGGGCACUAUUCCUAGAGACAGUACGCAGAAGCAAUGCAGCAUGCCAAAACGGAGACUAUGCGCAGGCUGCAACUCUGUACACCGAAGCCCUAGCCUUGGAUCCUCUUAGCCAUGUCCUCUAUUCCAACAGAUCUGCCGCUCGACUCAAAAUGGGACUCUUUGCUCUUGCGCUUCAGGAUGCUGUUCGAGCCACUGAACUAGUACCACAAUGGCCAAAAGCAUAUUACCGACAAGGCGUUGCUCUACAAUGUCUCGGUCGUCACGGGGAAGCUCUGGUAGCUUUCAGCGCCGGAUUAGCACGAGAUCCACCAAAUUCUCAAUUGCUUUCUGGUCUCGUCGAAGCUUCGUUGAAAUCACCGCUCCGUCCAACGCUGGAGCCUACGUUUCAACAGUUAAGAGCGAUGAAACUGGAUGAAUCACCGUUCGUUGUGAUAUCGGUCGUUGGACAGGAGCUUCUCGGUGCUGGCCAAUACAAAGCGGCUGCGGGUGUUCUGGAAGCUGCUUUGUCGAUCGGUACAUGCAGCCUCAAAUUGAGAGGAUCCGUAUUCUCGGCGCUUUCCAGUGCUUACUGGGCACUCAAUUCCCUCGACAAAGCCAUCAGCUAUAUGCAACAAGACUUGGGCGUGGCAAGAUCGCUGGGCGACACUCAGGGUGAAUGUCGAGCUCACGGGAAUUUAGGUUCGGCGUACUUUAGCAAGGGUACAUUCAAAGAAGCGUUGACCGCUCACAGAUACCAGCUAGUACUUGCUAUGAAAUGUAAAGACGCUCAGGCAGCGGCUUCGGCUUUGACAUCACUGGGCCACGUGUACACAGCAAUCGGAGAUCUUCCAAAUGCUCUUGCUUCUCACAAACAGUGCGUUCAGCUAGUCAAACAGAUGGGGGAUCGUCUUCAGGAAGCCCGUGAAAUUGGCAACGUGGGCGCUGUUUAUCUCGCGAUGGGUGAAUUCGAGAGCGCUGUAGAUUGUCACACGCAGCAUUUGAGAAUCGCACGAAGACUCGGCGAUCGUGUUGAGGAAGCAAGAGCUUUUAGCAAUCUCGGCUCUUCCCAUCAUUAUAGACGCAAUUUUGGCCAAGCCAUGACCUAUCAUGAAAAUGUAUUGAGGAUCGCCCAAGAACUCGGGGAUCGUGCGAUUGAAACGAGAGCUUAUGCGGGAUUGGGCCACGCCGCAAGAUGCGCUGGCGAUUUGGCUCAAGCAAAACUUUGGCACCAGAGACAACUUGAUGUGGCUUUAACGACGAAAGACAAAGUAGCCGAGGGUCGUGCGUGCAGUAACCUUGGUAUAGUCUAUCAGCUACUCGGAGAACAUGACGCAGCGUUGAAACUUCAUCAAGCACAUCUUGGAAUUGCAAGGUCACUGGGUGAUCGAGCGGGCAUGGGAAGAGCAUAUGGCAAUAUCGGCAAUGCAUACAAUGCCCUCGGCUAUUACGAACAAGCGAUUAAAUAUCACAAACAGGAACUUACGAUAAGUAAAGAGGUGAACGACCGAAGUUCGGAGGCAAGUACACACGGGAAUUUGGCUGUGGCGUAUCAAGCGGUUCAAGGUCACGAGACGGCGUUACGCCAUUACAGAGCACACUUGGCAAUAGCAAGAGAGCUCAAAGAUGCUGCCGGUGAAGCGUGCGCUCUUUUAAAUCUGGCAAAUUGUUUGUCGUCGCGUGGAAGGUUUGAGGAAGCUGUGCCUUAUUACGAGAAUUAUUUGAUGUUGUCGCAGGAGCUUCACGACGUAGAGGGUGAGGCGAAAGCGUGUCAUUUUUUGGGUUACGCUCACUAUUGCUUGGGAAAUCAUCGAGAAGCAGUGAGAUAUUACGAUCAGGAUUUAGCGUUGGCGAAAGAUUUGCAGGACAAAUCUGGAAUGGGUCGAGCUUAUUGCAAUCUCGGUUUGGCGCAUUUAGCGCUGGGAAAUUUAGACACUGCUUUGGAGUGUCAAAAGUAUUAUCUCGCGAUAGCCCACAUGACGAAACACUUAGCUGGCAAAUUUCGGGCACUCGGAAAUAUCGGCGAUUGCUUAUUGCGGCUCGGUGAGGUUGACGAGGCGAUAAAAAUGCAUCAGCGUCAAUUGAACCUCGCGCGACAAGCCACGGACCGUGGACUCGAGGCCGCGGCUUACGGCGCGCUGGGUAUAGCGCAUCGAGCAACGCGGAAUUUUGAUAAAGCCCUUGGUUUUCAUACGCAAGAAUUGACGCUGAGACAAGAGGAGGGUGAUUUACGGGGCGAGUGUAGAGCCCACGGGAAUCUCGGAGCGGUUCACAUGGCUCUUGGCCAAUAUACGCACGCGGUUAAAUGUUAUCAGGAACAGCUGGAAAGAUCCCGAGAAUUGGGUGAUUCCGGUGUGGAAGCGCAAGCCCUCGGAAACCUGGGGAUAGCUCGACUAAACAUGGCGCAUUACGAGGACGCGAUCGGUUACUUCGAGCAACAAUUGGCAACGUUGGAGCCUUUGACAACAGCAACGGCGCUCCUUGACAAAGCUCGAGCGCUCGGUAAUCUCGGGGAUUGUUACGAAGCUCUCGGUGAUCCGGAGGAAGCGAUCAAAUGUCACGAGCAGCAGUUGUCAGCUGCCGUGAGAUUGCGCAGUGUCAGAGACCAGGAACGCGCUUACCGAGGUUUGGGACGGGCCCGAGAAGCCUCCGGAAACCUACCGGAAGCUCUCGUCUGCUUUGAGAAACGUCUUGUUGCCGCUCACGAAGUUGACAGCUCUGAAGCUCGUGGCGCUGCUUACGGAGAUCUCGGACGCGUGCACGCAGCCCUCGGCAAUCACGAACAAGCUGUCAGUUGUCUCUCCCAUCAGUUGACUCUUGCUCGUGGUCUCGGGGACCGCGCCGCCGAGGCUGAAGCCGCCAGUGGCCUCGGAGCCGUUCAUCUUCUCAUGGACGAUCCGGAUUCGGCUCUCCGCCAUCAUCAGCUUGAGCUCACCAUAGCUGAGGAUCUCGACGCUGCAGGCCUACAAGCACGGGCUUGUGCGAACCUCGGCGCCACCCAAGAAGCUCUAGGUCAGUUGGAAGAAGCGAUCAGACUGCAGGAACAGUCGCUGAGUCUGGCUGCAGCCGCGGGCGACCAACCGGCUCGCGCAGCGGCCUUUUCCAGCCUCGGAAGACUCCAUCAUUUACGCGGCGAUCGUGCACGCGCUCUCAGUUAUCUCCAAUCGGGUCUCUCACUAUCCGAGGGCCUUGGACGUCGCGAAGAAGUCGCGAGACUGCGCCACAGACUCGGCCUCGUACAUUGGCAAGCCGGCGAAGCUACGAUAUCUGUCGAACAGUUAGAAAAAGCUGCGAAUCUCUUAGAAUCGUUGGAAGGAACAUCGGCGAAUUUCACCCAUGGCCAACCGAGUAAAUUGGAACUCCUAACGGAAACAUAUAUCACGUUGCAGAAAGUUCUAGUGAGUCUGAAUCGUGCGGAGGAAGCUUUGAACUGGGCGGAAAGAUCGAGGAGAACGAGAACCAGCUGCGUCGAGGAUGCGACUCAUUAUUCCGAAAUAGUAGAUCGGCAAAGAGGCACCAUACUUUAUUACAGUGAAACUGAUGACGAACUCCACGCCUGGUGUCUUGCGCCCAGUCGUGGUCUCCUCAGAUUUCAUUCGGCGAAACUCGAGCUCGAUGGUACGAAACUCGAGGAAAAAGUUUUACAAGCUAGAGAGGCACUGCUCGGUGAAAACUGCAACAGCGAUCUCGACGAACCGACGACCAUAACCGCGAGGGGGCAUCAUCUGAACGCCAGUUCGUACAGUCUGAGUAGUUUGUUCAGCGUUGGAUCAGUGAGCUCGCGAGCCGGGAGCGCCCGUUGGGGACGCGGCACCAAAGGCCCAACUUGGCAGGCUCCUCAGCCCUUGCAGACUCUCUACGAUCUUCUUCUUGCACCAUUCGAAGACCUUUUACCUCCAGCUCGAAAAGAGCUUAUUCUCGUUGUAGAAAAAUCUUUGUACCUCGCGCCAUUACCGGCGCUGCAAGCCAGCCCGGGCGAAGACUAUCUCUGCGAGCGUUUUUCGCUUCUCGUCGUACCGUCUCUGGCAGCAUUGAAAAAACGUUCGAGAACACCGAUGCCCGAGGGUGGAGCGACCGUUGCUGCUCUCGUUGCUGGAAAUCCAGCGUUGCCCGAAGAAUUGCGUGAUGAAAACGAUUGGCCCGAGAGUUCAAUGUCCGCCGAGACCGAAGCGAAUAUCGUCGCUGAGCUGUUGGAGUCUCGUCCUCUCGUCGCUAACGAAGCAACGAGAUCCGCUGUGCUUCGAUCCUUGCCAGACGCCGAGUGCGUACAUCUCACGACUCCGAUUCUUUGGAAUUCCGGAAACUUGGCAUUUUCACCAGAUCAAACGGAAGACGGGAACGAACGAUUGGAAUUCUUGUUGAGCUCGAUGGAAAUUUCGAGAUUGCGGCUAACCGCUCGUUUGGUUGUUCUCUCCAGCGGUCACUGCUGGGCCAACGGUGAUAAUUCUGGCAAACUGACCUCCGACGGUGUACAGACCGUAGCCAAAAGUUUUCUGAACGCCGGUGCGCAGUGCGUUCUCGUUUCAAUGUGGCCCGUUCCCUCGACCGCAGGAAGCAUUUUGCUCCGCGCUUUCUACAGCGCUAUGCUGCAAGGCGCGCGAGCUUCUCGGGCUCUGGCCGAAGCCAUGCAGACCGUACAGCAUACCAGACACUUCGCCCAUCCCGCUAAUUGGGCUGGAUGGCUUUUGCUCGGUGGAGACGCGAGAUUGUCCAACAAAGUUGCCCUCAUGGGUCAAGCACUCGCUGAACUGUUGCGCGGCGGUCCUGAACAGAGUCGCGAUGCACUUCGCGUCACUCUCCAUCUCGUUGAAAAGUCUCUGCAGCGCAUUCAUCGAGGCCAAAAGAACGCCAUGUACACGACCCAACGCAGCAUCGAAAACAAAGUUGGCACUGCCCCCGGCUGGAAGGAAUUACUCAUGUCCGUCGGUUUCCGCUUCGAGCCCGCCGGCAACGGCAUCCCAUCCUCAGUGUUUUUCCCCCAGAGCGAUCCCGAAGAAAGAUUGACCCGUUGCAGCGCCAGUCUUCAAGCUCUACUGGGACUCGGACCCGCGUCUCUUCAUGCUCUCGUCAGAUUGCUACAGGCUCCUGAAGCCACCGAGGACGUCAUAUCCGCCAUGAGGAGAGCCACUUGCGCUACCGAAGGACAAGAAAUUGUUUUGCCCGUCAAAACGUGGCGAGCUUCCGGCUCUCACGAACUCUUUGCUAGCUUAGGCUUUGAUCUCAUGGAAGUUGGACAGUCCGAAGUCACUUUGCGCACUGGGAAAGCCGCCUCGAGACGAGCCGUUCAAUUCGCCCUGCAAGCUCUGCUCGCACUCUUUGAUACGCAAGAAGCUCCGAAAAGCCUGAAUCUUGAUUCUAGCAGCUCAAUGGAAAGUUUGACGUCCGUAACACAACAAGAACCAAAAGUACAAGAAAGACCAAAACUUGGCGGUGCGUUUGCCAGCUACGUCCGCCAUCGUGGUGAACCUGAUGGCAAAACAACUGAAGCGCCCAGUCUUCCAAUAUCAAGACAAGCGUGUCCUAAUGGCGGAGGAGAAUCCGACGCAGCGUUUACGCCAAGCCCACCGAUAGCUCUGAAUCUUAAUCAUCAAACGCGAAUACGAACUUUAUAUCCGGAUCAAUCGGUCCGACCAGGGUCGAGUUCCAGUAGCUCGGUAACGGAUUGGGAAACGGGUCACGCGACGGUGCUUCGACGUCAACCAAUGCCCGCGUUGCCGGCAACAGUCCUGGAACGUUUGAGCGUCAGAACUGAAGUAGGUACAAGUUCACCGAGGAAGCCGCGACAUCCGGCAGCGAACGAGGACGUGAAUCAUCAGCCGGAAGCGACGCAAACGACGGAGGGAAUACCCCACAAUUUGAGGAAUUUCGCGACGUCGUUGACGAGUUUAACUCGGGAAUUAACACCCACGAUAUCCGAAGUUUAUCACGAGAGAAAUUUAGGACUCGGCUUAGCGCCUUCUUUGUCGAAGCUCUUGGAAGAAGCGGGCAACGUAACGGAAAGUGAGCAGGGACAACUGACCUCGACCGGUAACAGCCAGACGCAAAAUUGGCUACAGAACGAGCCUGAACUUUGUCGUAGAGACGAAGCGGACGGUCGCUCCAUAGCAGAAUCCCAAUGCAGUGCAACGAGCUCCAACAAAAUUCACAGGAAAGCACCGCCGCCGCCGGUUUAAAUUCUCAAUGUGCGCUCUUCUCUGAACGCAGAACAACGCGCGUACUUUGUAUUGGGUGUAAAGUAGCGGGUAGAUUCAAGGAAGAAUGGUUAUUUAUAUAAAAUGUAUUUAUAAGCGGGACGCUAGAAGUUCUCGUUUCUGAUCAAUAAAAUUUUCGGUUAGGGAGAGGAAUCAGGCUAGCUGAAAAAUCAAAAUUUUGCCUUGUUUUCAUACAACGCGGUUAUAAUGAAACAUUUGCAGAAUUCCUUUAAACUGUAUGAAACAUACGACGCUGAGGCGAUUGAUUGAGAAAUUUCGUUGAACUUGAUUAGCGAAGGACAAAGAAGAAUGGUGUACUAUAUGUAUUAAUCUUGGACAAUGUAAAUGUAAGAUACGACAAUUUUUCUAUUAAGCAUUUCAUAUCGCGUGUGCGCGUAUUUCACGACUGUAGAGAAUUAGUAAUUUUUUUUUUUUUUUUUUUCAUCGCAACAUCAUUGAUACUUAUGUUUUUAUCUACGGAGCAUCCAGAAAUAUAGAUUUGAUUUUUGGUUCUAUUAAUCAAAUGACUGAUCGAUCCGGCUCCGAAUUUAUGGAAAUAACGUCACUCUUGCCCUAGUGAAACGCGUCACACUAUUAGUUGUCUAUUCGUCAAUAUCCGUCCUAUCUAAAUGUGUUCAAAGUAACGUAUGACUGCAAGACAAAUGAAUAUACCGAAUUUUGUUUUCUUUACAUUUUAUACAUCGAGGUUGGAUCACGUAUUUAUGAAUUUGGCUACUGUGACAGUGUUAAUUCAAUAAAAAAAUUAAAAAUUUU